AACCUCAAAUCCCGCGGAAUACCAACUAGAACAAGAUCUAGGACCUUUUCAUUAGAGAUCAGCUUGAAGCCAGAAUUUUUGAAGAAUUCAAAAAAGUGCAUUGUAGUGUACUUCCUUUUUUCAAAUUGCACCAACGUUUUCAUUUUGUAUCGACUUCCGAAAACUUUUCUUUCAAAUCUUAGGAUCACUGGUCAAGUUUUCAGUAAUGGCCUUUUGUCUUGAAUUUAGGUAAUUUUUUGGGUAGUAAACAAAUUUGUUGACAAACAGAUUUGCGAAUUUUAAUUUUCUUAUAGCGCUUAUAAACUUUCCUCUAAGCAAACC